CGUCGCCCCGCGUCCCCUGCGUCGCACAGCCCCGCACGUCGCCCCGGCCCUUGCUCUGCAGCCAUGUGGGCGGCGGCCCCGGGGCUGUGGGUGCUGUACGCGGGGCGUUGGGCGCUGCUCGGCGGUCGCCAAGCGGGGCUCCUUCGCGGCGGCGCCCGAGGCCUGCACGGCUCUCCGGUUCCCUGCGGCAAGAACCUGCUCAAGAAGUUUGCCUCGAAGACUAAAAAAAAGUUUUGGUAUGAAGGUCCUUCCUUGAGCUCUCACUUGACUUACAAGCCAUCCCAGUUGGAAUUCCUAACGAAAAGUACCUCGAAGAAGACCAAGAAGGAAGACCACGUACGCCUGAGGGCCCUGAAUGGCCUGCUCUACAAAGCGCUGACCGACCUGCUCUGCACCCCUGAAGUGAGCCAGGAGGUUUACGACCUGAACCUGGAGCUCUCCAAGGUCUCUCUGACUUCAGACUUCUCAGCCUGCCGCGUGUACUGGAAGACCACACUCUCUGCCGAGCAGAACUCGCACACCGAGGCCACCCUGCGGAGAAGCGCCGCGCACGUGAGUUACAGAUAUGUGCGUGUCUGGAUUUUCCUCACAUUUCAACUAAAACAACGUAUCAGAACAGGGCAUCUUUUGAUGUCCCAGCAGACCCUGAGGAACGUGCCGCCGAUCGUAUUUGUUCAGGACAAAGAAAAUGCAGCGCUAGCCGAGGUGGAUCGGUUGCUGGCUGUUGCUGAUUUUGGGCCCCCAGAUGAAAACGAUGAGUUUAUGCAGAAUGGUUUCAGCAGGGAACCCAAGGCCCUGAACGCCCUAUCACCGUGCAACACCCCGGGCCCCGCCGUGCAUUCAGGUGUGUUUGGGAUCAACCAUGAGGCACUCAACAAGCAGAUCAUGGAGUAUAAGAGGAGGAAAGAGAGAGGGCGUGAGAGGCUGAGCCCCGAGCAGGAGGCUGAGCUGACAAAGCAGACAAAAAAGAGGAAGAAGAGCAAGCGCCGCAUGGACGAGGACCUCUCCCCCAAGGACUGCCUGUGGGGGGCGGUCAGUGAAGACGACCUGGCCUACAGUGCAGCCUGUCUGGAGGAGCACAGCACGGUACACGGGUGGGAGCUCCCAGAAGCAGAGCGGGAGCCACAAGUGGAGAGCGAUGGCGACAGAAAGGGCCGAGGUGACUGUUAGAGAUCUAAGGCAUGGACUGGGGCUCCACUUGCUGACCCACCCGUGUCUGCACGUGAUGCAGCUCUGCCUGAGGGAGGCCCUCGUGUGCAGAGCACCUUGAGGCACGCACGUCCCCCCCUGAGCCCCCCAUGUGGCUGUGAGGAGAGGAUGGCCUGCAGGGAGCAGAGAGAAAUCGUUCCCAUUGACGGCAGUACAGUUCAUCCUCAUUAUUUGCGGAUUCCAUAAUUGCAGAUUUUCCUGCUGACUAGAAUUUCCUUGUAACCAUGUGGCACCUUCUCGUCAUUCUCUGACGCGCAGAAAGGUGAAAAUUUGAGUAAUCGAUGCACAGGGUCCCGGUUAAGUUCCAGCAAGGCAACCCUUUGCCCUCUUGUUUCAUAUGUAAACAACUGUCCUUUUCACGAUCUAUUUAGUGUCACGUUUUUCACAUUUUUGUGCCUUUUGAUGAUGAUUUCACUGUUUAAAAAUGGCCCCAAGCCAACCCCGUGGCCCUAGUGGUUAAGCUUAGCGUGCUCUGCUUUGGCAGCCUGGGUUCAGUUAUUAGGCACAGACCUACACCACUUGUCCGCAGCCACACUUUGGUGGCAUCCCACAUACAAAAUAGAGGAAGACUGGCACAGAUGUUAGCUCUGGGGCAAUCUUUCUCAGCAAAAAAAGGAAAGAAAAAAAGGCCCCCAAGCAUGGUGCUUCAGUGCUGUCUAGUUUUCCUAAGUGCAAAAAGGCUGUGACAUGCCUUUCAGAGAAAACGUGUGUUAGAGAGAUGUUGAAAUAAACCGUUACUUAAGUGUGAUGUAGAGAAACAUUCUCUUGGACUGGGGGCAUCUCCUUUUCCCAAGCAUCAUCCACCUUGAAAUAACAAAAAAUGGCAUUAACAAAGUUUAGAUAAUCAGAGAACGGUGCUCUAUUAAGAUAAGCAAGGAAGCUUGCAAAUGGCUUUUCAGAGAGUGAAUUUCCAUUUUUAUAAAUUCUUCCAGGAAGGACAGCAUUGCCAUUUCCUCUGCAACAGCGGCAAGCUCCCGGUGCCGCUUUCUCCGUAGGUGUCUGGGACCGGGCGCUGUGCCUGGCAGGAACGUGGUGCCGAGACGCUCUGUCUUUGCCAGCACAGCACAGCUGUCCCUGUUGCGGGGACAGCAUCACAGGACAUGGGCAGAGCACUGCGACGCUGCAGGCGUGUUGUCGUUUGGUGGCGUUUGUGCCAUCCUGCCUGCCCCAGGAGGGCAUGCGCACCCUGGUGUGUGGUGCUCUUCCUUGCGAGCACAGUGGCUUAUUCAGUUACCUCCCUCCUGAGCAAAGAAGAAACGUCCAGAGGGAGGAUGGAUGUGUUUAAGUGUCUGCGGGAUUUGCUCUAAUCAGGCAUGUAAGGUGGCGGGCUUGGAGACAGCUGCCUCUAAACAAGAGUUCAUUGCCUGCGGUUCCCGCGAGCAGGGGGCCUCCAUGCCACGCUGGGCCUCACAGGGAAGCACGAGGCUUGGUCGGGAGGUAGAGGGAGUGGGGAGCACAGGGGGUGGCUUCUGCAGGAAGGGAUGGGCACGGCAGAGAGGCAAGUUUGGGCAGGCCUAGGUUUGGAUGGUCUGAGUAAUUUCAGCAGGUCCUGGGCCAUCAGGGUGGUCUCUGGUUGUCCAGUACCUCGCCCUGGGGGGAUUGGGGCAGGGGACAUGGUGGCCUGGGAGUGUAAACCGGGUGAAAGAAGUGAUCGGGGACCUGGGUCUGGAUUGGCUGGUACCAUGAGAGGUGUGCUUACAGUGGAGCCAUCUGCUGUCUCCAGGAGUUAGUGUCCUCAGUGGGGGCAUCUCUCCCUAACUGGCAAGGCCGCAGGAUGUCAAAAGAUCGUAAAUACAGAAAAUAAAAACAUGGUUAAUAAUGACGCCACAGCACUGAGCAGCGUGCUCUACUGACCACUGUUUCCAGUCUGACUGCAGGAAGUGCUGAGGGCGAGUGUGGCAGGGCCCCUGGGUGGUGAUGCCGGGGCACAGCAAAAUGUCAGUGUGCCCAUCAGUCUUCCAUGUGUCACAGGAGUGGGGAUUGCGGGACAGGCUGGUCCAAGAGGCUGGCUUGCUCCUGUCUUUCCAUUUGUGACUCAGGGCUAAACUCUGUAUAAAGUUAACAAAUGGCAGGAACAAAAUUUUUUUCAGACCCAGAAAAUUUUGUUUAUAUUCCAAACUGUUACAGGAAGGUUUUAAGACAAUUUGUAAAGUUAGACAAAACACCAUGUAAUAGUUUGAGAGUGAAAAUAAGGGGCCAGGGACUGGACAGAGUUUGUAUUUGGGCCAAGAGUAGAAGGAGCAAAGUAAGUCUCCACAACAGGAGAAGAGGGUGCUGCUGCUGCUGGGGUCGAGCUUGCGAAGGGUGGGAGUCGAUGCCAUGGAUCCGUCUCCGUUUUCUGCCAAGUGCCUCAGGGCAGGUGGUGAAGGAUGUACGGCACGUGGACUCAGGCAGAGAGCUCGUAUCGUGUCCACAUUAGCACCUGGGGUGCAGCACUCUGCACGUUUUUAAGAACUAAUUUUGUCUUUAAUAUGAAAAGAAACAAAACCAAACACAGGACUUCCCAAAUACAAAGACUCCUUCCUGGUCCACUUUGGUUUCCUUAAAAGAAUUUGAAACUUGAGUCACUUACAGCAUAUUCAGAGGACCUCCAGGCUGUGAACACGUGGAGAUGGGGGCUGGUGUGUCUCUUCCUCUGGCUGUUCCUGGAACCCUUUUACAGUGAAUGGGUAAUCUGCAUGUGGAGCUUCAGAUAGUGACCCAAAGUCCCACCACCUGCAUUUACUGAAGACAGCAAGACCAAAGGACUGACCAUGGGAAUCUUAGGACUGUCUGAGCAGCCAAAGAACCCAACUGAAAGUAACCAAGUAUUGAGCAACUGAAAACACAUAAGAGAGAAAAACCGACAGGCUCCCGGGGAGUACUGCCUACAAAAGAUGUUGUUUUUUGGUCUUUGAAACGUCAUGUUCUUCAAAAGGACUUUCCUGCCUGGAGUCUUCCAUCUGAUGUCUUGGCCUUCCAGGUCCUCUCAGUGAAGUUCAGAGCAUCUCAAAGUUUCUUAAGGAAUCUUCUCUAUCCAAAAGUUUGUGAUACGUGUAAUCACAUGUAUUUAUUAUACAUGGAAUAAAAAGAGUAAGUACUUUUCAUCAUAAGAAAAACAUAUUGAAAACAUCACCGUCAAAUCUGUGACCUGUUCAAGCUCAGGUGAAAUGAAAGCUCUAGUUGCUGUAUCUGAUUUCACAGGAUCUGUGGGGCCUGUGUCACCCCACCCCUUACCUUGUAUUCAACACCAGCCUGUUGAGAAGCAUGGAGACCUGCUUCUGAAAAUCCUCUUCCAGAAUUUGCUCGGUACUUAAUUGAAGGUUGUCAAAAUUAUGUAAAAUCCAACACUGGAAAGAAUAAUGCAUCAUAUAUGACAAAAUAGAACUCAAAAUUGCCUUUUAACAGGUGGAGAUGAAGAACCAAAAUCAAUGAGAUGAAAUUUGACGGGGAUACACAUAAAUUCCUGUAUUUGGGGUUUAAAGUAUUAAUUAUUAAACUAUAGGGUUGUGGCUCCAGUGAAAAAGGUUCUGGUGGUUUCACUGUGUGUGUUCUGACCUGAGCCCAUGCAGGUGCGGCUGCUGAUGGCAGCUGAGGUGCAGUGAUGGGCUGGCCGUCCCAGCAACGUGCACUCAGCAGUGUACACCUGGCAUCUGACGGUCCAUGGCACCAUGGUUAAACAGGACUUCGACAGAAGGAAACUGUGCCCCUGGAAAUGGUCUGCUAAGAUACGCAGGGGAGGAGGAGUCAGGGCCUUGCAAAGCGGCAAGGUCAUUCCAUGGUAGAGCCAAGGCCAGGAUGGCAGGAGAUGCCAAGAAUGAAGCUGCCCCUGGAAGCCAUCAGCCCUCGGCCGGAGACACCUACGAGUCCGCGGCAGCUUUGAAUCUGCGUUUGGCCUUGAGAUGUUCCUUCUGUUAGAGUCAAAGUUUCCUUGCUAAGUACCAUUUGACUUUCAUGUCUCCCCCUCCUUCCCAUUCCAGAGGUGAGCCCCAGCUCCUUACUUGUCACCUGCCUCCAGGCUCACUUGCUCCAGGACCCCUCGGGACACAUGUGGAUGACAUCAUUCAAGCCACAGCCCCUUGAAUAGAGUCCAUACUCAUGCACAGCCUCUUGGGGUGCCUCACUGCACUUGCUUCUCUUCCUACAACAACUUCAUCUUGGCACAUGCUCUUCCUGCUGCUUCCUGCCUCACCCUGGGUGCCCCUUCCUCUAGGGAGCCUUCACUGAACCCCCAGAUCUUGGUGGCAGGCUCCCCCUAAUACCUGUAAUCCAGACCUUACCACACUGGAUGGAAUCAAUUUCUCGGCUGCAGCUCCCUGAGGAGAGAGACUACCGUCCUUGAAGUUUCCCAAGCCAGAGUAAGGUACGUGUUGAUUGACUAAUGGAAUAUUCAAGUUUACUGUGAGAUCAAGUACAGACGUUCUUGCUGGCUCAGAGGGAGGGGAACAUGACCAGCAAGUGUGGGAGUGGCUGCAAAGCUCCUUCUCACCCCAUGCCUGAGGACAGCAGAGGCGAGGCAGGAAUGUGGAGACAGCAAGAAGUCGACUAAAAAAGAGUCAUCUGUCAUUGGGAUCAUUGGAGAAAUGGGGGCUUGAGGAUGAAUGAGAUA